AUGGACAAACUGAGAUUUGAGGAGACGCCUACCAGUCCUAAAGACAUAAGGUCUGGAAACUAUAUAAAGGUUGAGGUUAACGGGCAGAUGAGAUCUGCACAAGUCAUCGAAACAUCUUCUGUCAAGAAUGGGAAGCACGGAGCAGCCAAGACAACCAUUCUAUCGAAGAUUCUUUCUACUGGGUCAAACCACAAGGGAAUAUACACUGGAAAUGAUUCUAUUAUUAUAUGCAGGCCUGAAAAAGUCCAGCUCAAGGUUAUUGAUAUUAGCGAGACCAGUAUAACAUUUUCCAACAGCGACGGAUCAUUUGAUUCCAUUGAUGUUGCAGGAAAGAUGAGCCCCGAGGAUAUCAGCAAGAUUGUUCAAACUGUUGAGGGGUCUAAGAGCGAAAGCUUUGAUCUUUCUCUAAGGGUACUACCUGACUUUUAUAAACUCGAGUCUAUUAGGUAA